AUAGCAGAUGUAUGCAACCCCACGUUGUCUCAUCACCACCAUCCAUUUGGAUUUCCCUUCAACACACUUUUCAAUUGCACUUCUUUUCCUGCUUCUCAAUCCAACUCAACCAUUUACCACCAUCACAAACAAGGAAAAAAAUGUCCCUAUAUUAUUCUUCCACUUUCAUCACACCUUCCUCACCCAAACAUCAAACCCUUUCCUUCAAUUUAUCUUCAAACUCUUCCCAUUUCAUCAACCUAUUCCAGGUAAGUUCAACUCCUCUAUCUUCCUGUUCUAGAAAAUCACAUGAACCCAUUAAGUUUACCACAAAAAGAUUGAAACUUUAUGCAUCUCUUUCACCAUCUCAACAAAUUGACACAACCCCAUCUACAUUUAGAAACAAGAAUCCAAAAGAUGUUAAUGUCUUGGUUGUUGGUUCAACUGGGUAUAUUGGAAAAUUUGUGGUGAAAGAGUUGGUCAAAAGAGGUUUUAAUGUUACUGCCAUAGCUAGAGAAAAAAGUGGAAUUAGGGGAAGCAUUGAUAAAGAAACAACAUUGUCUCAAUUAAGAGGCGCCAAUGUUUGUUUCUCUGAUGUGACAAAUUUGGAUACUUUUGAUGAGUCUUUGAAAAACCUAGGUGUUACUUUUGAUGUUGUUGUGUCAUGUCUUGCUAGUAGAAAUGGAGGGGUUAAGGAUUCAUGGUUGAUUGAUUAUGAAGCAACAAAGAAUAGUCUUGUAGCUGGUAGGAAGCUUGGUGCUUCUCAUUUUGUGUUGCUUUCUGCAAUUUGCGUGCAGAAGCCUCUCCUCGAGUUUCAGCGUGCAAAGCUGAAACUCGAGGAUGAGUUGGUAAAAGAAGCGCAAAAGGAUGAUAGGUUUAGUUAUAGCAUAGUGAGGCCAACUGCAUUUUUCAAGAGUUUAGGUGGUCAGGUUGAUUUGGUGAAAGAUGGGAAGCCUUAUGUGAUGUUUGGAGAUGGAAAGUUGUGUGCUUGUAAACCGAUAAGCGAACAAGAUUUGGCUUGUUUUAUUGUGGAUUGUGUAAUGAGUGAUGACAAAGUUAACAAAAUCUUACCUAUUGGAGGACCAGGGAAGGCAUUGACUCCAAUGGAACAAGGGGAAAUGUUGUUUAAGCUUUUGGGGAAAGAGCCUAAGUUUUUUAAAGUUCCAAUAGGGAUAAUGGAUUUUGCAAUUGGUGUUCUUGAUUUUUUGGUUAAGGUGUUUCCUUCAUUGGAAGAUGCUGCUGAGUUUGGAAAAAUUGGAAGGUACUAUGCAGCUGAAAGUAUGUUGAUUUUGGAUCCUGAUACUGGCGAGUAUAGCGAUGAGAAGACGCCGAGCUAUGGGAAUGAUACAUUGGAAGAGUUUUUUGGUAGGGUGCUUAGGGAAGGGAUGGCUGGUCAGGAACUAGGUGAGCAAACUAUAUUUUAAGAUGGUUUUAUUUAUUGUUAAAUAAAUGUGAACUCAUCAAAUAGGUUAAAUAGCAGCCAGUUUUGUUUCUGUAAAUUUGUGUAUUCAGCUAUAUAGGCACUUUAACAUUUACAAGUUGAGGCAUUGUUGACAAAAAUAAAAUCAAGUAUCUUGAAAUGCAUUGUUGAAGAUUCAUUCUUCAAUUGCAUAUUGCCACCGGGGAUUAAGUUUGAUGUCCUAAGUAUAUGUAAAUGUAAUUUGCAUGUUUAUGUGAAUAUUAUGUGUCUGUUUGUUUUGUGGCAUGUCGACAUCGACUGCGCGUCAAACUUGUUGAGACAAUUUGUAGCUUCUAAGAAAUCACGGCCAUUAUGACGUGGUGCAGGAAUGUAUCCAACCAUAAAUUAUACUUCA